AUGACAGUGCUUCACUGGACAACGGUCUUUGUUGCUUGUCCCGGGAAUAGUAAAUCGGUAUUGAAAGCUUGGAGUGCUUACGCUUGGAAUGGUUACGGUGGGGUGACGUUUGCUAGUGUAGUUGAGGAUGCUGACACGUGUAAAGAAUCGCACCAAGCAGAUCCGAUUAUCAAUGAAUGGCGGUCAAGUCAUAUAAAACAGGUAAGACUGAGGUUAUGGAAGAAUGGUGAAAUUGUUGUUCAAAUUACAUUUAAUGGAACGAACACUCACAAAUUCAAUUGGUUUACACAGAGCCGGUUGUUAGCAACUACAUAUUCGGACUUAGAAAAACUGGACACACGUUUAAGAUUUUUCAGUUUGAUCGGCUAUGGUAACGGUGUCAAUAGACGGUUUUACAUAAACAAGAUAAAUUCAGGCUGUGACGAGGAUGCUGGUUGGAUGUUUGUUAAAGAUGAUGGCUAUAGACAGAAUUGCUUAUAUGAUAGCUAUAGGAAAUAUCCUUACUUUCUAUAUGCAACCAAUGGCCACGCUGGUUUUUGGCAAACUGAAGGUGACUAUGAUUUUGCUGACAUGAUGUCAAUUCAAGUACUCCAAGGAAAAGACGUUGAACGGGAAGUGGCCAUCACGACCAUGGCCACCACGACCAUAUUACCUGAGGAACUAUGGGUGCCGUUUUAGAAACAAAACAGCGUAGGAAAAUUAAUUCGUUAAUUCUGUUUGAUGCAAUACAUUAAAAAAUCGAUUGUUGAA